AAGAGGGAAGUAGCUAAAUUGCUCGAGCUAGGGCAGGACCGGACUGCCAGAAUUCGGGUUGAGCAUGUUGUCAGGGAGGAGAAGACAACAUCUGCAUAUGAACUCAUUGAGAUAUACUGCGAGCUUAUUGUGUCACGCCUAUCAAUCAUUGACUCGUAAAAAAAAUGUCCCAUUGAUAUGAAGGAAGCAAUUUCAAGUGUAAUAUUUGCUUCUCCAAAAUGUGGAGACAUUCCUGAGCUCAUGGAUGUCCGAAAACAUUUUACAGCUAAAUAUGGGAAAGAAUUUGUUUCUGCUGCUAUUGAAUUACGACCAGAGUGUAGUGUAAGCCGAAUGUUGGUUGAAAAAUCAUCUGCCAAAGCACCUGAUGGCCAGACAAAGAUCAAAAUUUUGAGAGGCAUUGCUCAGGAACAUAACGUUAAGUGGGAUCCUAACUCAUUAGAAGAGCAAGAUACAAGGCAUCCUGAAGAUUUGCUGAAUGGACCAAACACUUUUGAGAAGGCCAGUAAAAUAUUUUUGGAGCCUCGUGUCCAAGCUUCUCCCAGUCGUGAUGACAAGGGACCUCCAAAUGUUCAUGUUCCUCCUAAACAUGAUGUAUCUGGAAAUUUCUAUGAACACCAUGCAAGCUAUUCACCUCCCUCCCAAAAUGUUAAUUCUGCAGAUGGCGGUGCCAAAAGAGCGACAACUUUAGGUACAAUUUAUUCUGAUGUGGGAACUACUGGUAUGUGAAGUAUUCGUUUAAAGAUGAAAAAUGGCUACUCCUUUGAGCUCUCAUAUAGAGGCAAUUUUUUGUAUCUACUUCCUCUCAAAGUGUGCUUAUAGCCUUCUCUGUCAUAUAGGAAAUGCAAGUGAAGAAGGAGAGUCCACGCGUUCGUAUUCUGGGGAUGGCAGUGCUUUUUCUCUGGGUGGGAAGAAUUGGAAUAUGGAAUUUAAGGACACUACAGCUGCUGCACAGGCAGCUGCUGCAUCUGCAGAGCUUGCAAGCAUGGCUGCCAGAGCGGCUGCAGAGCUUUCAAGCCGUGAAAAAGUCACUAGGCAAUAUUCUAUGGAAUCACCUGAGUACUCUGCUUAUGCGCCAAGUGGUAGAGAGUCGCAAAAAUAUGCCAGAUCCCAAUUGCAAGGUGAAGAUCUUGCUAAACGUCCGGUUAAUAAUGCCUUUACGGGAAGAAAUUCUUGGAUGCAUGUUGAUCAAAUUGAUCGCACUAAGCAAGAUAUCCUGGGAGGAGAAACUGAAAAUUCUUACAGGAUUAAUCAUAAGAACACUGAUAAAUCUACCCGUUCAGCUUCCUUGAUGUCAACUACAGCUUCCAUUGAUAAUGGUCCAUUGGUUAGUGGUUUCCCAAAAGACAGAUAGAUUUCCUCAAAGGAAUUCAUCUGAUCUAGAGAAUAGUGAUUCUAUAGGUGGGGAGAGUACGAAGAGACAAUCCAACGACAGUGAGGCAGAAUUUGUUAGUAAAAUGAAUGAUAGUAUGGAAUAUGAGAACAUUGAUUAUAGUGGAGACGUAGGGAUCAGAAGACAAUCCAGCAGAGAUUCCUCUCAUUCUCAUUCAAGCACUUUCAUUGAUCAUCAGGAAUGAUAUCUUGAAUUUGAACCACCAGAAACUAGGGCACGAUGCUGGUUGGGAACCUUUUGUUAUUGAUCAAGGAAGCAUCCACAGCGAUUGUAAGGAGACUUCUUAUGACAAGGAUUCUAUAGUUUUUGAUGAAUAUUGUUCAGAUACUGAUGACUAUGAAUUCGAUGUAGACGAAGUGUUCAAGGGACAAGAAUCUAGUUUGCAUUUUUCUUCUCCAGGUAGAGAAUCAUCUGAAAAUCUCUAGGAAAGAGAAAUGCUUUGAGCACCAGGAAAGACAUUGUUGAGUUAUUUGGAAAGUCCCAUCCAAUCACAUUCUUUCAGCGAGCAACAUUCUUCUCUUCUAUUUUCUGAAAGUUCUAUGGCUCCUGCACAACCACAUGACUUGUCGCAUAUGACUUGUGACGAUUCAGAUGGCGAAAGUUCGGGUGGUGGAGAGGAUCUGGAGAAAUCCAAGUUUCUUGGGAGUAAGAAGGGUGGUGCAUAUCCUUGUGAACAGAAUGUUUAUUCCAGAAAUUCAAGAGUCGUACAAGAUUACAAGUCGGGGGUUAACAGUAUCAUCUACAGAGAGAGAGAAUUUAGCGUAUAAGAGAAAACCAUCAUUGAUACCCUAUUCAAUUGAUUCAGAUCACAUGGAAGUAAGCCUUGAAACAAACCAAGGAAAAGAAUAUCGCAGCGUCUCCGAUAGAAAGUUCGGUUCUAGUGACCUGCCAUCUCCAAAACUUGAGAAUUCUGGAUCAGAUUUGAGAACUGAGGAAAAGGAGCACGUGCCAGAGUUACCAGAUACUUGGUAUGACGAACUUCUGAAAGGGUCUAGUUCAGAUAGUGGUAACGGGUUGAACCUUGCAAAGUGGACAGGUGGCCUUCGCAAUAAGGGUUUCAGGCGUCCACCUUAUCCUACGAGUCCAUCAGGAAAUGCAUCAUCAUUCAGAAAACUAUCAGGCAAUACUUCUUCCAUGAUUGAGCAAUCCUCUCCUUCUGUAACUGUCCGGACUUCAAUUAGUCCUAAUGCUCACAAUCGUGAGCCACACAAUCAGAAUGUGGCUAUAAAACACAGUAAAGAACCAGGUUCAAGUGCUCUGGUCUCAUCUUCUGAUUCUGAUGAGGAUUCAGAGCAUGCCUUAAAACAGAAUAUUAGCAGCAAUCAAGAGCCAUACAAUAAAAAAGUAGGCAGGAAAGUAAAUAAACAUUCAAGCUCAAUGGUCUCAACUAGAUAUUUUAAUGCAGAUACCAGUGAUUCUGAGGGAGAUCAUCCUAAACAGGAUUUCGGUGGUAAUGCUUGCACAAUUACUGUUUCUCAAAGUACAAAAUCUGCUGCUUCAAGUACCAGUAGGAGUUCUUAUUCGAAGGCUACAGAUGGCUCCAAGGCAUCAUUGACUCCUGACCAUGCAGCAGCAAGGAAAUCCUCUUCAAGAAUAUCCUAUGCCAUGGAAGAUCUACCGAAGUCCAUGUCUCAGAACAAGAGUUCAGAUCACUUGGGAAGUUCUGAGCUGUGUCCGCCAACAGUGCAGGCAACUUCUAAGCCAAUGCUAGAAUUUAAGAUGUCCUUGAAUGGGGAUAGUCUAAAGUCAUCCACAAGGAAACUUCUGGUUCUUUUCCAAAGAUACCAACAUCAGGUAGCACUGAGAUUCCGAAGUCUGCAAGUUCAAGUGCAGACCGAACUCCAUCUAAGGAAAAGGCCAGUCAUGUUCACCCAAAGCUUCCAGACUACGAUGUCUUAGCUGCAUACUUCCAGUCUCUCCGGCAGGGUCGCUAACAAAUUUAGUUAGUUGAAAAUAGAAUACAGCUAAGUUUUUAAGUGACUAUUAUUGGUGUUAUUCCCUUACAAUGCUUGUUUUUGUAAAUGCCAUUUUGAUUUUAUAUUCAAAUGAUUUUGUUUAUAGGAUUUGUAAGAUGAAACUUUCCUUUGUCCAAAACGAAUCAAGACAGUU